AAUUUUCUUUCUCGUGCAUAAAUAGAGGACAUACAUGCCGAAACAGCUAUGCUUAUCUAUAGUUUCAUUUGGCUAGAAAAGGCUGUGCCUCAUUUAUCAAACCCUUUCUCUCUCUUAACUCGAGAUCUGAACUCACUCUGAUGGAGCAAAGUAAGGAGAAAAAUGCUCCCUGGUUAUCAGUGCCACAGUUUGGGGACUGGGAUCAGAAGGGACAAGUGCCAGACUACUCUCUGGAUUUCUCUAAAAUUCGGGAAAUGAGGAAGCAAAACAAGACAAAUAUUUCAAGGGCAAGUCUUGGUAAUGAAGAGGAACUGAUGGCUUCUUCUACCAAUAACACUACAAACACUGUCCACAGUGAUGAACACCAGCACCAGCAUCCUCACUACCACCAAACCAGCUCUCCAACUGUAAGAUUCCUCACGAGCUUUGUCAUUCAUUAUGUUAUUAGCUAUAACUUUUUUACGGUCUUAGCUACUAAUUUUUGAAGUAGUCACCAUUGCUACCCACUAGAGUACCUGUAGGUUUUCUUUUUUCAGAAAGAUUGGUGGGUAGUUAUUGUGGGAACAUAAUUCACAUUGAUUCCUGCAAUAAUUGACAGCUUAGGGAAUGACUGUCUCAUGCAUCUUUUACUUAACAGGUGCAGUGAGAAUAUUUGAAAUAAGGAAAAGUUUUAAACACACUGAUCACCUGUUUUCGUCCACCAAGGCAUUGAUCGAGUCAAGUUUUUAAUUAAAAUAACAUUUUAUUGUCAUAUGAGCUGAUAUUUAGACAACUCCUUAUCAAAUUUUUCCUUUCUCUUCCUUUACAAAUCAUCUACACUAAUAUCUAUUUUAUUUCAUUAUGUAAGAUUCCUCUUUUCCAGUUAAUUCAUUUUUUUUCUUUUUGGAAAUAUCAGUGUUAAAGAAACUAGCCUCAAAUCUUCAUUGGUUUGAAUUAAAAAACAAAUAAGGAAUAAAUUGAACUUGACAUUUCAAUCGUCUGUCUGCCCCCUUUAAUACCAAAAUAUAUUUGGAAAAAGGAUGAAAAACAAAAGAAUUCAAUUAACUAAAUAAUGUUUUAGGCAAGCGAAACACAAAAUUCUGUAGGGAUCAACAUUUCUAGCAACCGUACAGUAUAUUUGUGUAAUAUUGAUCUUGAUUUGAAGAGAAUAGAGAGAUAAAGGGAGAAGAAUAGUAAGUGGAAACAUUUUAUCAAAGAAAAAUGGAAAACAAAGACAAAUACAACACGACAUGACACCUCUUGCCAAGUAAGUUAUAGUAACAUAAGAAAACAACAAAGCUCACUAAGGCCGCCCGGUUAAUGACAAAUUUUCGUUGUAAUCCAUCUGCUUCUUUAGCGAAAGUGGGUACCGGAAGCUUAUAUACUAAUAUUUUUCAACCCAAAGGAAAACAAGAUAUAUUAGAUUAUAUAUUACACGGAAUUAUAUUUUGAUACCCGAGAUGAUCUUCUUCCUUUUUAAACUAAUGCUUUUCACUAAUUCGAGUGGGCGGUGGUUAGGUUGAAAAGAAUGUAAACGUUAAUAUUUAUAUGUGUAGAUAUAUAUUCUAUUUGCUAAGGCAACACGCAAUUCUAGUUACUGCACAUGGGAUGAAUGUCUGGGGCAGUUGCAUUCAUUUCGUUGGUAAGAGGGCUAUAAAUUAUGGUGAUUAUUUAUUGAUUAAAUAAAAUAGUUGAACUUUGAGGUCGUAAUCAUUUCGUAGAUACUCUAAACAUUGGACUAGGAGAUAUGUGGUGUCUAAAUAUUGCAUAUUUCUAUGGUUUUUUUCCC